AUUUAUUGUCUGUCCUGCUCAGGAGAGCACAGUUGGUGUCCCUCAUGUGCUGUCAAAGCCCACCAGCACCAUCCCUUCCACAACCUUCAACUUUGGAAUGGCAAGUUCUACCAGUCUACUACUCUAUGGGACCACAGAUAUAUCAUACAUCUUGGCCAUGAGGGGGAUACUAUUUAUGACACUCAGUUAGGAUUGUCCAACCUGGUCAUUGUACAUUCCACUGGAGUUUAUUCACACUAUGUAUCCUGGUGUCAGUGUCCUGGUGCUGAUAAGGACAGACACCUACAUCUCUUAAAAGUGAGGUUAUUUCCUGCCAGCAUCACUCACCCUCAAUCUGCUUUUACCUUUGAUGUCCUAGAUCACUUCCUCAUAGAUGCUUUGAAGUGUAAGACUUUAGCUAUGAGUUUCUAUCAA